AGCAAGAGAAGGCAAGUCGUCCCCGCACCCUUUGAGCCCAGCGUAAUCUGGUUGGUGUGUUUCUCAAUCUGAUUUUUGGUUACGGAGGAGCAGAACGGCAGCGCAAAAAGGACGAAACGGAUGAAAAUGAAAGGAACAGAGAUAACCAUAGCGCAACGGAGAGCUGCCAGAUCGCAACUUUCUCCCCCGUAGCUGCUACUUGCUUAGAUAGAGCAUCCGCCAUGGACCGAUGCCAUUGGGGAUCCAUCAUCCUCAUUCUCUGCCUGGUUGUGGCAACCCAUCGGGGUUGGGCUGUGGCCGGCCGGGCCCCGCAGGAGUUCCCACUCAAGCCCUCGUACCAGGGCCACGAAAAGGAAUUGCUGGAAGAACUGCAGGAGGUACUGGAGAAGCUUCAGCAUAAGAAAGUCUCUACUUGGGAGAAGAAAUUCAACCAAGUCCCCAAGUGCUCCUUUGGUGACCCGUGUGCCGUUAGGAAAGGUUCCCGGAUCGGCAAACUUUGCGACUGCCCCCGCAGAUCUGCCUGCAACACCUUCCUCCUGAAAUGCUUGUGAAACUAUGGGCCGCGUCGUCGCACUGCGUCUCCUCCCCACUGCCCCCCGCAUCGAGGAAUUCAUGCUUUCUGCUUCGUCGGAACACACAACCACCCCAAGAAGGGAAGAAUAAAACGGAGGAGAAGCUUGGCUUCAUUGGAAUCCAGGAAAAGGUCUCGGCAGUAAUAAAA